AUGACGCCGUUUGAAGGAGAGAUACCACAAGAGAAGACGAGGGUGAAGAGGGAACAGGAGCUAAGGAAGCCGUCGACAGUCGAGGGGAACCUCGCGGCCCUUUUGAUGUUCGCCAAAUCGCUAAAGGGCCACACCCUCUCGAGCCUUGCAUAG